UUCCCCAGCAAAACACACCCAUCACCCAUCUUCUCCCUCUUUUUCCUUCUCAGUCUUCUUCCAUCUUCAUCCCAGAAAAAAAAGCAGAAACAAAGAGAGAAAGAAGAAGAAGAAGAAGAAGAACCCAGUUGCCAAGCUUCAUUCAUCUUGAGAGAUGUCUAGUGUUCUUCUUUGGGUGACAUGUGGGCCCAAAGAGAACGCCAUUAACUCUCUGUUGGGAGGAUUAUCAUCAUCAUCAGUAGGUAGAAGUGGGAGUGGGAGAUUUACGCAGAGAACUGUGGUUUCUGCGUUUUCGAGUGUAUUUGCAGAUCCUUCCAGAUCAUCAUCGUCCGAGGAGAGGGUGUACGAGGUGGUCCUGAAGCAAGCAGCUCUGGUGAAACAGCAGAAGAAAACCCUAGAUCAUUUUUACAAAGACGAUUACACUGAAACUGAUCUCGCCAAUGGAGAUCUGUUGAAUUCUGCUUAUGAUCGCUGUAGUGAAGUUUGUGCUGAGUAUGCCAAGACCUUUUACCUCGGAACACAAUUGAUGACGCCAGAGCGAAGAAAGGCAAUAUGGGCAAUUUACGUGUGGUGCAGAAGAACAGAUGAACUAGUGGAUGGGCCAAACGCUCCACAUAUAACUCCAAAAGCCUUAGACAGGUGGGAGCAAAGGCUGAGUGACGUUUUUGCAGGUCGUCCUUAUGACAUGUACGAUGCUGCCCUCUCUGAUACUGUCUCCAGAUUCCCAGUUGAUAUUCAGCCAUUCAAAGACAUGAUAGAGGGGAUGAGGCUGGAUUUGAGAAAGUCAAGAUACAGCAACUUUGACGAGUUGUAUCUGUACUGCUACUACGUGGCUGGCACAGUGGGGCUUAUGAGUGUGCCAGUAAUGGGGAUAUCUCCAGAAUCAAAGGCUUCGGCUGAGACUGUUUACAAUGCUGCUUUGGCCCUUGGCAUUGCAAAUCAGCUCACCAACAUCCUCAGAGACGUUGGAGAAGAUGCUAGAAGAGGGAGAAUAUAUCUGCCACAAGAUGAGCUGGCGCAAGCAGGCCUAUCGGAUGAAGACAUUUGGGAGGGCCGAGUGACCGACAAGUGGCGGAAUUUCAUGAAGGGACAGAUAAAGAGGGCAAGGAUGUUUUUUGAGGAAGCAGAGAAAGGAGUAACAGAGCUGGAAUCAGCAAGCAGAUGGCCAGUGUGGGCGUCAUUGUUAAUAUACAAACAGAUAUUAGACGAAAUUGAAGCCAAUGAUUAUAAUAACUUCACAAAAAGGGCUUAUGUUGGCAAAGCUAAGAAGCUCUUAUCACUUCCUGCAGCCUAUGGCAAAGCUCUUCUCGGACCGCAACAAAAGCUAACUCAAGUGUUUAAGAGAUAAGUGAUUAUAUUAUUCAUUAUUUUAUGUUUUUUCCCUCAUGCAGAAGCGACAAUAACAAUCUUCUUUUGAGCUUCUUGUAGAUUCUAUUCACUAGAUUUUAGAAAAGUAAUCAUUUUUGUAAAUUAAUUACUUGAUAUAUUCUACACGGUGUUCAAGAGAAAACAGCUGAAUAUAUAAUUAAGCCUCC